AUGGAUCAAAAGAAGAGAAGCUGGGGAGACAAGGAAACGUACCUAUGGGAUGCAUCUUGGGCCGCAAAGCCGACGUCUAUCAACCCACCGAAGAAACUCCGCGAUAGCUUCGAUUCAGCGGGGAAAGGGCAGAACUCUGUAAGAGACAGAAGAGCACCUACGCUACAGAACACGAGGACAGUCCUCAACUUGCCCUACAAAGCAGCCACGGGACCCGCGGCUGCGUCCUCAUCUCGACCUCUACCGAAGCGCCGCAAGGUAUUCGAGGACACUUCAUCCAGGGCCCCGCCCUCCGCUCAGACACAUACUCUCGAAUCUUCCAAGAAAGGCCAGAGCGGGUCAAUCCUGACACCAUUGACAUCGUCCUCUGAACGACGUAAACAACCGCCAACGACUAAGGGACCUGCGCGGUCGGAGAGCCCUCCCGAGUACUUCCACUUUACCACAACAUCGGAUGACCAGCUUGAUGAUUUGAGGACCCCUCCGCGAGUCGCCCUAGAGAAGGCUUCCGUACGGAAUGUGACUACUGAGGCACCUAUUGGCGCUGCCUCUGCUGAGAAGAGCUCGCAUCCAACUUCAACCAGUCGCCCUCCAACCGCAUCCAUGGCUACACCAUUUGUGCGCGACUCGCCGCAACCUACUUCAAACACGGUGCAACCAGCUUCGCCGGUCAAGUCUGAGCCCGUCUCAGUAGAGCUCCCGCCGCGCCCAUCACAAGCAACGUCUGCGGCUGCAUCUACGCCUACCCUCGACGGAGAUGCCACCGCUCCCAUGACUGCACAGACUUCUGCCGCCGCAGAAGCGUGUGACACCCAGAAUGCGUCCGAACCAGCGCAGUCCACCGGGAAUGAUGCUUCAGCAAGCCAAUCCAUGCCACACGAGACCUUGGAGAAGCUGUUGAAGCUGCGUGAAAGCUCGCUCAGGAGUCUGACGGAGGAGCAGCUGCCUGAGGCGCUGCGUGUCGAGAGUGUGAGGAAGAUGAUUGAACGCGCUGCUGCAGAUAUUAUGUGCUCGAGGGGCGCGGAUGGGUCAUCCUGA